CUUAUUAGCCGCUUCAUGUUCUUUGGCCCUUUGCUCUACGUACGCACCAACAGCUUAUCAGCUCUGUUCUUCUGUGGCCAUGCACGCGUGUGCAGUGCACCAGCUUAUUUAGCUCAGAGAUACUCUGUUGCGCCGUGCAAGCUUUGUUGCGAGUCAGAAACAACACUCACGCACGCUCCUCGGGUAGCUAAUGGCGUCUCUUCAGCAGCUCGACGGCUCUACCCUCCUUCUGUUCCUCCUCUUCGUGGUUUCCUGCUUCGUCUUCGCCAGAGGCCGCUUCAGACCUGCAGGCCGCAAGGGCGACCGUCCGCAGGAAGAGCCGCCUUCGCCACGGCCGCUGCCGAUCAUCGGCAACCUGCACGAGCUAGUCGGCAGACACCACCCGCACCGUAGACUGCAGCUCCUCGCGCGUCGGCACGGCCCGCUCUUCUUCCUCCGCCUGGGCUCCGCGGCGCCGACCUUCGUGGUCUCCUCGGCAGCCAUGGCAGAGGCCGUGCUCAGGACGCAGGACCACGUCUUCUGCAGCCGGCCCCAGCAGCGCACCGCCCGGGGCACGCUCUACGACAGCCGCGACGUGGGAUUCAGCCCCUACGGCGACCGGUGGCGCCAGCUCCGCCGCAUCGCCGUCGUGCACCUGCUCAGCGCCAAGCGUGUCGACUCCUUCCGCGGCCUCAGAGCCGACGAGCUCUCCUCCUUCCUCCAACGGCUCCGCUCGGCCGCGAGCUCCCAGGAGGAGAAGCACGGAGGAAUCGACGUGACGGAGCUCAUCGUGAGCUUGACGUACGGCGUGAUCUCGAGGGCGGCGUUCGGGGACAAGCUGGGCGGCGUGGAGCCGGGGGCGGUGCGGGAGAUAAUGGCGGAGCUUACUGAUCUGCUUGGGACGAUCGCCGUGAGUGACGUGUUCCCGCGGCUCGGGUGGGUGGUGGACUGGGCCACGGGGCUCGACGCCAGGGUGAAGAGGACGGCGGCCAAGCUUGAUGAUAUUCUCGAGAGGGCGUUCGAGGAGCACGAGAGGAGCCGGGGAGGAAACGCCGGCGGCGGCGAGGCAGAGGCUGCUGCUCCUGACCUCCUGGAUGACCUGCUCUCCAUCGUCAGGGAUGGUGACCAGGGGGUUAAGCUCGACAUGGUUGAUGCCAAGGGACUCAUCUUGGACAUGUUCAUAGCAGGCACCGACACGACAUACAAGACCGUGGAAUGGACGAUGGCAGAGCUCGUCAAGAACCCGAGGGAAAUGGAAAAGGUGCAAGCAGAGGUGAGGCAGGUCGUUGGAGCAGGGGAGAAGCAGCAGGGAAGCUCUGUUGUUGUUGUCCAGGAAGAAGAUCUGGAGAAGAUGAGCCUCCUGAAGGCGGCCAUGAAGGAAGCGCUGAGGCUACACCCGCCGGUGCCGCUCCUGAUCCCGCGGGAGACGAUCCAGGACACGCGGCUCCACGGCUACCACAUCCCGGCAAGGACCCGGGUCAUGGUGAACGCGUGGGCGAUCGGGCGGGACGGCGAGUCGUGGGGCGAGGACGCGGAGGAGUUCCGGCCGGAGAGGUUCCUCGUGCACGGGCCGGCGGCCAUGGUGGAUUAUAGCGGCAAGGACACGAGGUUCAUACCGUUCGGGGCCGGCAGGAGGGGGUGCCCCGGGGUGGCAUUCGGGACGCGCCUCGCGGAGCUCACGCUGGCCAACAUGAUGUGCCAUUUCGACUGGGCGCUGCCGGCCGGCCGGGACCUGGAGUCGUUUGAGGUCGUCGAGUCCACUGGGCUGUCGCCUGGGCUUAAGCACCCCUUGACCCUUGCCGUGACACCCGUGUAAGCUAGCAUGCAUUCAUAAUGCAUUGAUCGACUGUGUUCGAGUACGAGUUAAUUAAUUCCUCCUCCUCGGCAAUAAGAAGAUAAGCGUAGCUCGAAAAUGGAUCGAUGUGGCUCCCAUGCAUCUAAAGUGUACCGGUACAACCAAUAUGGUUCCAUGCAUGCAUACUUUUUCUA